CUGGAGGGGAAGAGAUUAGUAUCUGAGCUGCUGCAGAAGAGGCAGGGGUAAGGGAGACGAGAUAAGGAUGGUUUGGAUGGAGUGGUGCAAACUUCCGAACUGAUCCUCAACUAGGUCCUUGAGAGCUCUUUAAUGGUGGAUGAAGAGAGAAAUGACCCCGUUCACCUUGGCAUUGUAUUACCAUCUCUGAUUCAUCUGGAAUAUCUAACCCCUCAACAGCUGACCAUCAUGAAUGCCUCAGCACAGCCACUCACCAACAACACCCCACUCUGCUACUCCAUCAACAGUCCCCCAUUCGCGUUCAAACCCACCAUCGCCUCAGCCUACUUCUCAUCCAUCUUUGGCAGUUUGGGUCUUCUCUCCAAUCUCAUCGCCUUUGUAGUUCUCCUCAAGUCUUUCCGACGAACUCAUAGCCGCUCACGAUCCUCCUUCCUGAUCUUCCUGGGUGGCCUGGUGGUCACGGACUUCAUGGGUCUUCUGGUUACCAGCUCCAUCGUGAUCUCCUUCCAUGUUACGCACUUUAAUUGGCGGGAGUUAGAUCCAGACUGCCACUUCUGCAACUUCAUGGGCAUGUCCAUGGUCUUCUAUGGACUGUGCCCACUCCUGCUUGGUGCCGCCAUGGCCUUGGAGCGAUUUAUUGGCAUCAACUAUCCAUUUGCACGCUCCACCAGCAAUCCAAAGAGCCGCACAGUCUCCAUGGUGCUGAUGGUGUGGUUGAUUGCCGGCUGCAUAGCUUUGCUGCCUCUAAUAAACGUUGGGAGCUACCACAUGCAGAUGCCGGGUUCUUGGUGUUUCUUCAACAUCAGCUCAAAGGGAAAUGACCUGGUCUUCUCCCUGCUCUUCUCUCUAGUCGGGUUGAUGUGCAUCGCAGUGUCGUUUUUGUUGAACACUAUAAGUGUCGUGACCCUGAUCAAGGUGUGUUGUGGACAAGACCGAUCCCAGCGCCGCCGAGACGACGAAAUAGAGAUGAUGGUUCAGCUCAUCCUCAUCAUGGUCAUUGCUUCUAUCUGCUGGUGUCCUCUCUUGGUCUUUAUUGCACAAACUGUGCUGUCCAAAGUUCCUCUUCAGAUCAGAUCCCUACUGCUGUGGCUACGCUUCGCCACCUGGAACCAGAUCCUGGAUCCCUGGGCAUACAUCCUGUUCCGCAGGGCGGUUCUUAAGGGAAUCUUCCCCCGUCUCGACUGGUCUCGAGGCUCAAUCACGACACUGUACCCAUCUCUAAGCGGCACCAUCCGCAGGUUCACACGCGCUUCACUUUGGAGCACCGUGAGCUUAGACGAAACGGAAGGGACAGAAAAAUCUAAUGUAACAACCACUCGAGGUUUAAAACCAUCACCUCCUUCAACUUGAUUGGUUGGAUUGAGUUGCUUUUGAAGAAGAUGGAGGGACUUUCAGUAUGUGUUUGAAUAUAUUUUUUCACGUGAUUUGUGACCAAGAUAAUUAUCAGGAUUGCAUCGAUCAUUUUUGAUGAUAGUAUGAUUUGUUUUCUUGCAUAUCUUUGAUUUUGUUAGCAGUAUUAGCAACAAAAAUGUAAUAUAUUGUCUCUGUAGCCUUUUUUCCAAAGCACAAUUGUCUGAUAAGAAACAGGUUUUUAGCUAACUACAUGAAAGCUUUUUCAGAGUGAACAGGGGCUCUAGUCAUUCAUGCAGUCUAUUUAAUGUGAUCCUUUAUUCUGGUAGGACAUUCUGAAUUUUAAACACAUGUACUUUUCACUCAGAUGCUCUGGAGUGUCAUUUCAGACAUUGGAAGAAAUAUUUUAUUAAUGUUUUCCAGGAACAUGCCAAGGACUGUUAAAUUGUUUCCUUUCUGAGAGAAUUCAUCCUGAGAUGGUUUGAAGAACCUUUGAAUUUUAAAGGUCCAUCAAACCAGCUCAGGAUGGAGACUGGAAUAAAACAAUGGAGCAUGUAAUACUGAAACCGGGCUGGUCCUCAUCCUGAACAGCUGCUUGUGUGAAAAUGCUUUGACUCAAAUGAAAUAAUACUUAGACUGCCAGAGGCCUCCCAUAAAGUUGUCUUUGUAAGAGCCUAUUUAAUACAUUUCAAUGAAUAUUUUCUCUGUUUAAGCAAACCCACAAAAUUUGGUGACAAAGAAAGGAUCAAUUAUUGAGUUUUAACAGGAUUUAAAAUGGGAUCCUGUUGAUCAGAUUCCUGGUUUGUCAAAAGGAGAAAGAAGUUCAAAAUUGUCAAUUUUUUUCACUGUAAACUUCAACAGCCACAGUAUUUUUGUAGUAUUAACAAGUUGCUUUAACAUAAAUGCUACAUCAUGCUUGACAUCAGCCAAUCUGCAUCACUGAUAUAAAGAAUGUAGAUGUUGUUGUAUUGGGACUAUAUAUCAUAUAACUUAUACAAAUAUACAUAUCAAUGUCAAACUGUCCUAUGCUUAAUAGACAGAUCACCUAAACAAAAUGAACAUACAUUUCUCAACUGCCACUGUCAAGAGUCCAACGAUGAAGAUUAAGGUUUGGUUUGACUGAUCAGGUUUGGAGAUAUAAAUAACUUUCUGUUGUUUUGUUUUAGCACCUAAAACUUUAAGAAAGAUGAUGGGAGAUAAAAUGUAAGGUGGUCUUGUGUGUUGUCUAAUUUUAAUUGAAUUCUAAUACUUCCAUCUGGACGAAAUGUCAUUGUCUUAUCUAAUUGUGUGUAUGUGCAUACCUACCUCAGUUUGAGAUCUGGUGAAUAUUACCUGUUCUCAUAUUUCCCAGACCCAGAAUUACAUCAGAGUUUAAAAUUCAAAUGGAAAAUGUUGUUUUGGCCCAAAUUUGAAUAAGAAUCCAACUGGUUGAAUAUGAUUGCCGUUCUCCUCCUUACCUUUCCUCUGGGCCUCUGUCCAAUGUUUGAAAACAGUUUCUUUUUUAUAGCUGUACAGAGCAGAUUUACCUCUCAGAGAUGUUUAACUAACACUGCAAGAAAAUGACAGCACAGGAGGUGUUUUAUGAGAGCAUGAACAGAGAGCUGGAGAUGAUUUAGUCGUUGUAAAAUGUAACUUCAGUCUGAUUAGUUGGGCAGUGUAUUGUUAAAUUGAAGCAACAUUCUAAAAAUAAUUUAAAAAAAAAAGAUAUUUUAACCAUAGUUUAAUAGAUAAUAUGAACUGCCGCUGUCAAUUCUUUCUCUCCAAGUCACCGGGCUAUUUCCACUGAUUUUGGAAUCAUCAGCCAGAUGCCGAUGUUGCAGUAUGAUUUACAGACACAAGAUCACAGAAACUUGUGUGAUCAAAUGUGACUUCGGAAGAAAAACAAACAUGUUCUGUUCUGCCAUACGUUCUUAUUUUGCAGCGAAGAACAGAAAACAAGAAGAAGAAAAAAAACGGGCGAAAUCCUGCCUAAGACGCGUCACUUUAUAUAAUUUGCAGUUUGAGCUAGAGGCAAGUUGUUAAAAUAUGCACCAUCCGGUUGGUGACGUUUCCCGGUCUGCUCCCUUAUUGGCUAUUGCUAAAUUGGCAAAUCAGGCCCAAAAUCGACCUAAAAUGGUCUUAUAUGUAGCCUUCUUUAGAGUGAAUCUCAUUAACCAAACCAGUCACUGAUAAAUGUCUGACACAUGUCUUGCUUGAAUUUCAACUUCUUAGCAGUAUUGUCAUCAAAAAUGAAGUUGUAUAUGUUGAAUAAAACUUGCCUGAAAUGUUAUGUGAUUGCACAUGUGAAUAAAAAUGAAUAGAGAAAUGAA